AGCACUCAUUCUCCAAGGAGUGGCCCUUGCACCUGUCCGACCUGUUCGAGGACACAUGACUCCCCAGGAAUUUCGUCUUCUGCUUCUGUCUUUGUGUAACGGAGUGUGUUGGCUGGGAGACAGAGGGCUGAGAGGCAGAGGAGUAGAAAAGGGGGAGACAGUGAGGAGAGAAGUGGAGAAAAAAAAAGAGGGUUAGUGAUAAAAAAGAUGUCGGAACCAGCCGCUAAUCCAGCCGCCACCUCUUUCCCGGCGCCUGAUAUUUCUCUCCCGCUGGGAUUCGGAGUACUCAGGACCUACUCCGGAGCCCUUGUCUUAUUGGAAAUAUUAUUUGGUGGUCUAGUAUGGAUCCUAGUGGCGUCCUCCAACGUGCCUGUGCCUCUGCUGCAAGGCUGGGUGAUGUUCGUCUCCGUCACUACCUUCUUCCUGUCCUCUGCCUACCUCACACUCUUUAUCACUGGCCUGGCUGACCGCAUUCACACUAACUGGAACGUCUUGGAUGUGUUUUACCAUUUCUUCGCUCUGCUGUUUUACUUUGCUGCCUUUGUGUUGGAGGCGGCAACCACAGCUGCCAAUGGAGGAGCCCUCAUCACCAAUAAGACUGAAACUGUCUUGUGUAUAACCUACAACAGUGGCAAUAUAUUCACAGUCCUCAGUGACAACCAAUACAAUAUUAAUGCGGCAGCUACGAUAUUUUCCUUUCUGGUCACACUUUGCUACGGAUGCAGUUUGAUGAUGGGCUUCAAGAGGUGGAGGGUGUGAGCGGUGAAAUGAACAUAAAACCAGCUAAACUGAGAGCUUCAGUGUUUUUAAAAGACGUGCCUUCCCAAUGACCAAGGUCAGCGUUAAAGCUUCAAAGCUUUGGAAGUCUGGACGGUCAAAAGAAAAAGUCCACCAAAGUCAAAACAUCUGUCAACAGCUAUAGACGGUGGACCAAUGGAAUUUAACUUUGGAGACAUUGGUUUCUUCUGUUGAGUCUGGGCAACGUGUUUUAAAAACCCAAAUAAGUUUGGCCAAAUGGGCUUUGUUAGGCUAAAAGGGAAAUUUUAAGAUGAAAGUGAAAUAUUUGAGAUACUGUUUAUAUAUUUAACUAAUUUAAGGAAUCAUACAGAGACACAGACAAGGAUAUUCAUGCAAAACAUUGACAUUGGCUACUGUUAAAAUGAUACACACAAAACUUUCCAAAAACAUUUUGAUUUGAUUUUUGUUUUUGUAUCUUUGAAUAACUGGUGCUUUAAAGCCACGAACUGACUCUGAACUCAUCAUAGCUGUUCAUCUACUGUGGCCAUUAAUUCAUGUCAAACAAUUGGAUUAAAUAAAUUAGCAUCUUCAGCUUGGUGAUCCGUGACAAACAUACAGUACACUGUUAUUGUAUUUAUACUUGAGAUAAAUGGUAUAACCUCACGAAGGUUAAAACAAAAUAAUUUUGGAAAAAAAAAAUCUAAGAUGAAUCAUUAAAUGUUUCAUAUCCUUUUAUUAAACUGUAUAUGUACUGUAUCUAGUAGUGGAAUGUCUAUAUAUUGCCAUAUUUAUAUUGACACAACAUUAUAGGUGCAAGAACAGGCCUAAUGGCAACAUGAUUGAUUGACUGCAUUGUACACUGUCAUUUGCUUCAGUUAACUGUCAAGUAAUUAUUUUAUAAAUUGUUUUUAGUUAUUUUAAACCUGAAUGCCUUCAGUUUGAUUAUGUAUUGUAAAUAUACACAGUUUAAGAAUAUUUGAUAAUAUGCAUAAUAUCUAAUAAUAUGCAUAAGUGUAAUAUCACUAACAUGAUACUGGCAAAAUUAACUUUUAUUGGCUUUGACAUGAAGCCAAAUGCUUUUAUCAUUUUCCCUUGAUUGUAAAAAAAUAAAACCAUAACCAUCACUGCUA